AACCACCGAAGAAUAAGAACAAAAAAACGCGAAAGCAUUAUCCUCUUGCACUGUCUGUAUCAGUAUCAUCAAAAUCAACACAUAAAAUUAGUGCGCCCAAUUUCUCCCUAAAACCCUAAACCCCAAAUUCUCAAAUUUCUCAAUUUCUGAAAUCAACCAAAUGUCUCACUCUCAAACGUUACCACUCAAGAAACAACAAGCUGAAAACCCAUCAGAUGAUGGUUCUUCUGCUAUUAAACCUUCUCGUCUCAAAAUUUCAUUACCCUCUGAAGAUAGUGACAAAAAGAAUGUCAACAAGAGGGUUAAAGAUGUUGAAAUUUGUCUCCCUAUAGUUUAUGGGACUAUUGCAUUUUAUCUGGGUAGGAAGGCUAGUGAGUCUCAAUCUCAUAAGUGGACGGUUUAUGUACGCGGAGCUUCUAAUGAAGAUCUUACCGCGGUGGUUAAGAGGGUUGUGUUUCAGUUGCAUCCUAGUUUCAACAACCCAACAAGAGUUGUUGAAUCACCGCCUUUUGAAGUAUCAGAAUGUGGUUGGGGUGAAUUUGAGAUAGCUAUCAGCCUCUUUUUCCACAGUGAUGUCUGUGAAAAACAGUUGGAUUUGUAUCACCAUUUGAAAUUGUAUCCUGAAGAUGAAUCUGGCCCGCAGACUACGAAGAGGCCUGUUGUCAUUGAGUCUUACAAUGAGGUUGUUUUUCCUGAACCUUCUGAGAGUUUUCUCGCACGCGUGCAGAAUGAUCCUGCUGUUGUUGUUCCUAGGCUUCCGGCUGGUUUGAAUUUACCAAGCCCGGUGCCAAUUGAUUCUAGGAAUGACAACGAGAGAGGUGACACCAAAGACCAUCCACUAAGCCAGUGGUUCUUGAACUUCUCAGAAGCUGAUGAGCUCUUAAAACUAGCAUCAGCCCGCCAACAGGUGCAAGCUCACAUUGUUAAGCUGCGAAGACAAUUGAAUUUGUUGGAAGGAUUACCUCCGGCAAAACAACCUUCUGGUUAUGACUUAUGAAUGUACAUGAUUUUUAUCUCGAAAGUAUUUUUUUGGGGAUUUCCCUGUAGGGUUAAACUUGGAAAGAUUAGUCAUGAAUAGUUGUGUGUAUAUAUACACAUCAUCUUCCUGCUAGAUUGUUUUGAAUAUAUUUCCAUCUGUAGAAGCCAGUAGUUUGGAAUUUUAAAAGAGACGUGGUACUUGGCGUUUAUGCUGAAACUUUUACAUGGUGAAUCAGUGAUAGAUAUUUGUAUUAACAGUACUAUGUGAAGUUUAAGUAUUUUAUCUUAGACUUAGAUUUCUAUCUAAAUAUACAUAUUUUUUAUCA